GAUUCGCUCUACAACCCCUGGAAUGUUUUCGCCAAUGGCCUGAACGGCCGCUUCGGCGUUUUCAACCAGCUCUCGGGGCAUGCUUUGGAUGUGACCUUCAGAUUCACCGACUUGACCGGCAAACCGCUGAUACUCAAGUCGUUCAGCCUUUCCAUCUACGACAUGGACAGGGACCAGAAUCCCGGUGAAGGCGUCGAAAACGUGACGCCUGUGACGACAGUCCACCGG